GAGAAUGGGAAGGAGAGCAUGGAUGUGUUAGCAUUCUCUCUCUAGGUAGGAUAGAGAGUAGUACUAGUAGUAUAGAAGAAGAGGGAAGCGAAGGAGGCAGGCGUCUCUUUCCCCGCUCCGCUUGGCUUUUUGCCUACCCUCCUCCUCCUCCUCCUCCUGCUACUAGUAGUAGGAGCUAUAGGUAGCUAGCCCUACUGCUCCGUAGGCGACGCCGCUGGACGGGGGGUGUUCGCCGGAGCACGUCCAUCCACGAGGCGGAGGGGGGCAUGGCGUUCCAUGGCCACCUCCCGCACGAGAUGUCCAUGCAUGCGCUCGGCGCGGACGACGCGGCGGCGGCGGCGGCGGCGGCGGCAGCGGCGGGUGGGGUUGGGGGAGGCGGGGCCCCGGCGUGGAUGAGGUACAACGACGGGAGCUUCCUGCACCUGCAGACGACGUCGGACUCGUCGGCGUCGCCGUCUGCCGCCGCCGCUGCGGCUGCCGCCGUGGCGGCGGCGGCGGCGGCCGGGGUGCAGCAGUGGAUGGGGGGAGGCGGCGAGGACGCGGUGGCCGCGAUGGGCGGCGCCGGGGAGGCGGACGCGGGCGGCGCGGCGCGGUGCAAGGCGGAGAUACUGGGGCACCCGCUGUACGAGCAGCUGCUGUCGGCGCACGUGGCGUGCCUCCGCAUCGCCACCCCGGUCGACCAGCUCCCCCGCAUCGACGCGCAGCUCGCGCAGUCGCAGGGCGUCGUCGCCAAGUACUCCGGCCUCGCCACCGCCGGGGACGAUGGCCGCGAGCUCGACCAGUUCAUGACGCACUACGUCUUGCUACUAUGUUCAUUUAAAGAGCAGCUACAGCAGCAUGUACGCGUUCAUGCUAUGGAAGCAGUAAUGGCGUGUUGGGAACUUGAACAAAACUUACAAAGUUUGACAGGUGCUUCGCCCGGUGAAGGCACGGGGGCAACCAUGUCAGACGGUGAAGACGAUCAGGCAGAUAGUGAGGCAAACAUGUAUGACCCAAGCUUGGACGGAGCGGAUAAUAUGGGCUUCGGCCUUCCAACAGAAAGUGAGCGGUCCCUGAUGGAGCGUGUCCGUCAAGAGCUAAAGCACGAGCUAAAGCAGGGUUACAAAGAGAAGCUGAUUGACAUUAGAGAAGAAAUUCUUCGCAAGCGGAGAGCAGGAAAGCUCCCAGGAGACACGACUUCUACAUUGAAAGCCUGGUGGCAGUCUCAUGCAAAGUGGCCAUACCCAACAGAGGAAGACAAGGCACGGCUAGUCCAAGAAACAGGGCUACAACUAAAGCAGAUCAACAACUGGUUCAUCAACCAAAGGAAAAGAAACUGGCACAGUAACCCAUCUACCUCCUCCAACGUCAAAACCAAACGCAAAAGUAAUGCAGGUGACAACAAUUCGUAGCUCGCCAGAGACGAACGCCGGAGGCUGGACGCUAUUGCUGGGUUUCAGGACUGGAGGAAUUCAUCCAAAGCAAUAGGUGGAUAAUUGCUUAGAUCAGAAAUCUUCCUGCAAGAUCAGGAUCACAAGCCGUAUAUUAGAGAACCAGUUAUUUAUAGACGAAACUAAUUGCAUCUAUAAGUAAGCAUAUAUAGUUCUGUAAGCGCUUGAUUUGAUGAAAAGGGGAUUUUUUUUCCAAAGGGGGUUGUAUAAAAUGACGAAAUUUAUAUUUGAUCUUCUAGAUACCGCUCGGUAAUACUGCCCAGUGGAUUCUGGAUUGGCGUUGAUGUUUUUGUUCUCCAUACAUCGUAGACAAGUGGUUGAACCAUCCGCUUCAAA